AAACGUUCAUGUUUUUGUGAUUUUGAGUGGUUUUUUUAUGAAUCCUUAUCAAUUCUCUAAGAAAAUGCCGCUCAGUGAAUAUUAUUUAUACCCUCAGUGGUGAUAUGGAAGUGCGGUACGAUAGAAAAAUGAUCAAUAAUUAAUUCGUAUAAUUUCAUAAAUUGUCCUUUGGCGUGAUUUUUUUUGUGUUUAGACGUAUAGUUUCUAAAAAGGAAAUAGUUCAAUUGGUGCAGUAUAUUCCAAGAUGGGACAGAUCAAGGAACUGAUGAACCAAUUUGUUGUAGUAGCGUCGCGUCAGUCCUGGGAACGCUGGUCAGUCAACUCUUUCCCUCAGCCUUCAGCCCGUGCAAAAAUCCUAUAUAUCUAUCCGAGAAUCUCGCCUAGACAUAUAAUGCCAUAUGUGACCCAGAUUGCCGUUCAACCUAUGCGUCAAUUCUAAUAAUUCAGUCUUAAACCUAUAUGAAUGAAUUUAUUCAGCCAUUUACGGAUACACAAGAAGGCGCUAAUUGAGUCUGCGGCAUUGGCAGCAAUGGGACAUAAAAAGCCAAACGUUUGUGCGAACCACAAGAUCUGCUCAUUGUUAACCAAUCGGCGUUUUCUCAUGGCAUGUUCUGUUCCCCAUAAUUAUCGUUGCAGCAUCGCCCAUCUACUUGAUACACUUUUUAUAUUGCACAAGAUGAAUUAUGUAGGAAGUCUGAUAUUGACAGAAAGGAGCUGAGAGGAACAAACGCGACGGAUAAUCCAGGCACAGGAAGUUUAGUAGAUCUCUUGUUACGAUGAAAAAAGACUAGUUUAAAAUCAGCGCAGCGGAUCUUUCUGCAGCGGUAACAUUAUCCUCGAAGUGGACGACUUUGAGAAAGAGAUGGCUGCGACCUUGUUCCGAAAAAAAUAGAGGUUGCCAGCAUGCACUGCCGUCUAUGUAUUUCAUUCCAAAUACAGUAAUUUCAGGGCUUAAAAGAUAGUCGAUUAAUAAGCCUGUCGCAUGGGACAUUUUACAUAUCUGUUACAUGUGUUAUUAACCCAGAUUUCGACCGCGCGUAUUUUGGAACGGUUAUUGGAAAGUGGACAAAUUGAAUCCCCUUCUGGUCUAUAAGAAACUGGUAUUUUUGAACGGGAUGAUAGGAGUUCCCUUGAAAAUCCAUGUGAUUUUUCAGGAUGUUACCACUCUCGAUCAGAAAUACCAGAAAAACUUAUUUAUAGAUGUUGCGAAGGGCUUCGCCGAUGUGUCAAAAUCCAAUUGUUCCCUAACUAUUCGAACUGACACCGAAAGUCAUGUUGAAUGUGAAAUAAUUUGGUCGAGUUCUGUGUGUGCAGUAAGUUUGUGAUCAGACUAGAAAUGACGUACGCAAUCCAAUACGAUUACGACAUGAUGUCGAGAAUAUCAACGCAAGAAAGCAUCCUGCAGAACUUCAACCGCAUGCGACUGGAGGCGUCAAGAGAACAGCCUGUACUUUACGUAACUAUGGCUACUUGGAUACCGAAAUGCAAUGUGUAUCAUCACAUAAUCGACCCUCCGAAUGACCCAAACAAAGAACAACCCGACGAAGCUGUUCAACUUGGCACGUCCAAUGGAGACGAUUUGGCCGCAUCUAGCCAUGUUAUCAUUUCGGAUUCAGAAAGUGAAAAGUCUGAUACGGAAGCGUCAGCUCCUCUGGGUGAAGAUGCUGAUGAGACGAAACCUUCAGAAACAAACAUCACUCCUAGUACCAAAAACAUCGCUAAAAAUUCAGAGAUGAAUUGCGGUGCAUCGAAAACUAACGAUGAUGCGUCAACAACGCCAGUUUCCAACAGCGUAAGAAAACUAUUUGAAGAUAAAACACCAACGAGGCGACUCACACCGAAACAAUUGGAGAAAAAGUUAGAGUCUGAAAAGAAACGUCAGCUGAAAGAAAAGGAAAAAGAAGAACGUGAAAAACAGAGACAGUUGGAAAAAGAACAGAAAGAAGCUGAGAAGCAAAAGAAAAAAGAACAGAAACAGAAGGAAAUAGAGAUGAAACAGAAAGAAUUAGAACGAAAACAGAAGGAGAAGGAGGAGAAAGAAGAACAGAAGAGACAGGAAAAAGAAUUGAAACUAAAACAGAAAGAGGAAGAGAAGAUGCGGAAACAGCAAGAAAUAGAAGAGAAAAAUAAGGAAAAACUCAAAGAGGAGGAGAAGAAACAGAAAGCUGCCGCCGCUUUUGUAAGUUUCUUCGUACCAAAAAAAGUGAACGAUUCAGACGAGAAAAAAAUCGAAGAGACUACAUUGGCGUUUUUGCCUUUCGAAGUGAAAUGUGAUAUGAAAUUACCGCCUCCUAGAAGGGAACCCUUAACUAGCGAUGAAAAAAAUAACUUGGAAGAAUUAGUUGUAAACAAUAAAACGGACUGUUCGUAUCUGGAAGAUCUGAAGUCUACAAAACCCAGAACUUGUCAAAAAACUUGGAUUAACGAAGAUUCCGAUGAAGAGGUUAUUGUGGUUGAAGAUGAAGUGUUACUGGGAGAAACAAUCUGCGAAACGAAACCAAAAACCGAAAGGAUGAAGGUGAAACUGCUGCAGUUCCACGAAAAUCAAAGACCGGCCUAUUACGGUACUUGGAGGAAGAAAUCUAAGAAUAUCACAGGCAGAAGGCCCUGGGGCAAAGAGGAUAUUUUUGAUUACGAGGUGGAUUCCGAUGACGAUUGGGAGGAGGAGGAACAGGGUGAAAAUUUGGAAGUUAUGUCAGAUGAAGAAAAGGAGAACGAACCCGAGAAUGACGAUUACGAGGUUGAUAACGAGUUUUUCGUGCCUCACGGUCAUCUCAGCGACGACGAGAUCGACGAUGAAGAACACGCCAGAAUGUCCCCGGAGUCGCAGAAACAAAAAUUGAAAUUGCUGAAGGAUGCUUUCGAUCUCGACAUAAAAUCCAAGACGCAGAAGAUAAAGCCAAGGUCGAUUGGAUGCAUAUGGUACAACAGAGAUGGUGAUAACGUCGACGAAGCCAUACACAGAUACCUCAAACCGCUCAAUAUAAUAAUAAAUGGCAGAAUCGAAAUUAGAAAACGAGAUCUGGUUGUGGGCGACGCGAAUUCACAAAAGAAGAAGAAACCGCCAAGGCCACUUCCCGAAAAUCUAAUGCGUAUCUUGGCCAAACUCGUGCACGGGAAUGUGAAAAAACGGGACACGUUAGCCGUGGAAUUUCUGGAUUACAUUCAGACCAACAACUUGGGGAUUGAAUUGUCGAAAACCAGCGUUUCGAAGCAUAUAUCGCAAAUGGCGAAAUGGACCUGGAAUGCCUCGAAUAAAACACACCGUUGGAUUGUCAGCGAAGAGCUUGCCGACAAAUAUAACAUCGAUUUUGCGUUGCCCGAUGUUCCAGAAACUGUUGGAAGCAACGCGAGUGAUCCUGUGUGAAUUCUUGUUAUCUUUAUCAGUUAUCUCAAACUAUUGUUGUAUGCCUUCAGAUUGUUAUUUCUUCUGAUCAAUAUUCAGAUAUUUUGUAUUGUUUCACGAAGUGCCUUUAAUAUGUAUCGGUUGUCUCAUCAGAAACUGUACUUGUCUAAUAGUUCCAGAAAUGGUGACUUAAUUCCGAUUGAAACCAUCUAUACUGAAUUAAGCAGUAUCUUCAAUUCACAAAAAAAUUGUAAAUAUUUUUUUUUACUCUUGAAAAAUCACAUUUACUUUGAUAUAAAUUAUAAAAAUAUCAGGAUAUUAA